UGAUCUUCAAUAGUAUUUUCUGGACAGAUAAAACAAAGGAUGUGAAAACUCUCAAAUUGAAGUCCAUUCUGGGAGAGCCUCAAGAUUCCUGAACCCAACUCACUACCUGUUGCAUAAGAAUAGACGGAGGCUCAACAGAACUGAGGGACUUGCCCCAAGUUAAUCUAGGGAGCCGGUGGAAGCUCCAGUCUCCUGUUCCGCAGUCCAGGGGUCUUCGGCUACCUGGAGUAGGUUGGGGCCCAGGACAAAUACACUGACAUUAAAAAAAGAAAACAACAAAAUACUGUACCCAGAAUACACACAUCUAUUUUUAUAUGGAUUAAUAUUUUCAGGAACUCCUGAAGGGAAAAAGAAGUCACAAAAGGCCGAAAGAGUGCCUGAGUCCUAGGAGGGAGCCCAGGGCUGGGUCAGCCAGCCCUACCCCCACUGAGAGACGCUCCGGGCUGAGUUCCGAGGCCACUGAACAUCCGGAAAUGCUGUGGGGGCCCCGAGCGGGGAGGUCUAGAUGCGGAGACAUUGGACCGUUAAGUUAAAGCUGACCCAUUUGGCGCCCCAAGAGGGAACACUGACACGCGCGAAACCUCAGCACAAGCCGGACGAAGAUUCCUCCGAACAGGUCCGUUUCCGCCUGGCGCCGCCUUCCCCAGUACGGUCCGAGCCGCUGCCGCCGCCGGCCGCUGCACCGAGCGACAAGCCGGCGGCGCCGCAGGAACUGGAGGUUCCCGGGCUGCAGAGCAGUCUGGCCUUGAGCCUCGAGUUGCAGGCCGCGCGGGCCGCAGCUGGGAGCCAGUUUGAUGCCACAAAGGCCGUGGAGGAACAGCUGAGAAAGUCGUUCCAGAUCCGCUGCGGUUUGGAGGAGAGCGUGUCCGAGGGGCUGAACGUACCGCGCUCCAAGCGGCUGUUCCGGGACCUGGUGAGCCUGCAGGUACCGGAGGAACAGGUUCUGAACGCUGCACUGAGGGAGAAAUUGGCUCUCCUGCCGCCGCAGGCCCGAGCCCCGCCCUCAAAGGAGCCAUCUGGGCCAGGGCCAGACAUGACCAUCCUGUGUGACCCAGAAACACUAUUUUAUGAAUCUCCACACUUGACCCUGGAUGGUCUGCCCCCUCUCCGGCUUCAACUCCGGCCCCGGCCUUCAGAGGACACCUUCCUCAUGCAUCGGACACUGAGGCGAUGGGAAGCUUAGACCUCAAAGCUCCCUGGAUGGCUAGUUCAUAUUUUUGUGUUAAAAUUAUUUUUCAGAAUAAAAUGGUUUUGCUAACAAA